AUGGCCGACAAAUGGAACCUUAUACUUAAACGCGGCAAACCAUACACAAAAUAUUCUAAAGUGUGUAGUCUACAUUUUACGCAAGCCGACUACAACGUCACUGCAAUGGGUAAGAAUAAAGGUCAGUGGAAGACGCUGAGCAAAGACGCCGUUCCAUCGCAGAACCUUCCCAAGCUGAAUCCUGACGGCACGGUGAUGGUGAUCCGCAAGAGUCGCACCGUCAAAUACAAGGAGGGGAGGAAAGAGGACAGCAUGAGUGAGAAAACAGACAAAUGGUGCUUAAGUAGUCAGCCAACAAUGACGCUCAACAGCACGCCAGAGAGAUCUUUGGCGACAAAUGAAAGUCCAGACAGCAAUCUGAUGUACCGCCUGCAGGCGCUAAACGCGAUCGCGGACAACGUUUCGCCGCAACAGCUGAGCGACGGGCGCGCGAACCAAACCGCCGCGGCGAGGCCGAAGAAACAGGACGCGUUUAUGCAGACGGACCCAGUGCAGUCGGAGGAGGACGACACGCAGCCGAACAACAGCUACAGCGAGUGCUCGGAGAAGUCGUUCGGCUCGGACCAGCUCGAGACGUACACCGUGCACGUGCACUACCAGAAGACCACGAAGGGCUACGCCGACGUAGAGGGCUUCGACGGCCAGCUGGACGCGUACGAGCUGCCCAAAGACUACACGAAGCCGAACGAGGACUACAUGCCGCAGACGAACGAGGAGUACAACAAGGAAGCGGAGAAGUACGCCCUGGAGAGGAAGUCACUAAACGGCUACGAGAAACCGCUGGACGCGCUGUACCAAAAGCCGGUGUUGGAGGAGGGCUACCAGAAGCUACCGGAGAUGUACGCGUACAGCGAUAAGCCAGAGUACCCGAGCCGCAACGACAACUACAUGGCGUACUCGAACGGGUACCCGGACAGCGCGGAGGUACUGAGGAAUCAGCAGCACAACCUCCAGCUGCUACAAGAGCCGCACCGGAUAACGGAGAACCAGAACUUCUUCAACGAGAGCCACAUAAAGCAAGAAAUAGACUUUGGCACUGAGGACGACAAGUUCCUGUAUGAGCGCACUAAGGACCAAAUAGAUCCAAAUAAUUUGUACAAUGAGGAUCAAAGGCGUUUGGAACAGCAAAGACUUCUGGAGCACUUACAACAUCAGGUCAAACAGGAGCCGGAUGCAAAUAGCGGAUGUGAAAAUGUUAUGCAGCCACAAAGUAGUCCAUAUUAUCAGACGAAUGGGCACAAUACAACAGGUUCAGGGUACUAUGAGCAGGUGUCAAGACCUGGUCCCGAGUUGCUUAUAGCGAAGCAGAAUGCGCUGGCAGCACACACGCAACUUUGGCAAAACACCAUGAAGAGACCUUUUUUUUACAGCGAAAGUUCUCCUUACACUGGACCACAAGUACUUCAUAGAUAUGAGGAUAUAACGAGAAUUCUACAG